CAGAUGGACUAAGCACUCUGAAGAUUAUGCUUUAUUUCAUAGAGCUCGCUUUCGUGGAAACAGAAAUCUGAACUCGAGCGUUGUUUGUGAAACAUCUUCGUCUGACUCUGAUCCAAAGCUAUUGCGUAAACUGCGUUAACGCCGGUAACUAAAUCGUGUUUGUAAAUAUAAGAGUACUAGCUAUGUAAAGGUGCACGGAACACAAAUUAACGCGUCUUUUCGCGCACUGGAACGCUGCACUGAAUAAACUAUAACAGUGUGGCUUUGCGAAGGCUUCGGACAAUGGUAUCCAUUUGUUGUGGGCGUAACUUGCAGUUUGCUUCACGUUCACGGUGCCUAUUUGCAUUAAGCGUCGACAGACUACCUAACUUAAAUCGUCGGCACUCAGUUAAAAUUGCCAGCUGUCCCGAUGAUAAAAUCUACGAUAUCGUCAUCAUUGGUGGCGGUGUUGUGGGAAUGGCCACAGCUCGAGAACUUAAGCUGAGGUAUCCAGUUUUCAAAAUGGCAGUCCUAGAGAAAGAAGAUAAGCUUGCUGCUCACCAGAGUGGUAACAACAGUGGUGUCGUUCAUGCUGGUAUAUAUUAUAAGCCAGGGUCACUUAAGGCAAAAUUAUGUGUGCAAGGUUGCUAUUUGUCAUACAAAUACUUUGAUAAAAAGAAUAUUCCGUACAAGAAAUGUGGUAAAAUUAUAGUUGCCACUGAUCCAGUUGAAAUACCAGCAUUAGAAGAGCUUUAUCAAAGAGGGCUGAAAAAUAAUGUUCGUGAUAUUAGAAUGAUUUCUGGUCAUGAGAUCCAAGAAAUCGAGCCUCACUGCCAUGGUGUUAAAGCAAUACACUCCCCACAUACAGGAAUUGUUGACUGGGGUUUGGUUACAGAACAUUAUGGCAAAGACUUUGAGGAUGCCGGAGGAAAAAUAUAUCUUAAUUUCAAAGUUACAGGAUUUAAAGAACAGAGGAAACCUGUUACAAAGGGUUCAACGACAUAUCCUGUGAAUAUCACAUCUGAAAACAAUUCAGUGAAUGCAGCUUAUGUUAUUGUGUGUUCUGGGCUGCACUCUGAUGUACUGGCAAAAAUGAGUGGUUGUAGUGGAGACCCACGAAUAAUUCCUUUCAGAGGGGAAUAUCUACUUCUAAAGAAAAAUAAGUGCCAUCUAGUGAAUGGGAACAUUUAUCCUGUUCCAGAUCCGAGGUAUCCAUUUUUGGGAGUCCACUUUACACCCCGAAUGGAUGGCAGUGUAUGGCUUGGACCAAAUGCUAUCCUUGCAUUUAAACGAGAAGGCUACAGGUGGAAAGAUUUUGACUGGAAGGAGUUAAAAGAGGUUUUAGCAUAUCCCGGAUUUCGAAAACUGGCAUUUAAAUAUCUUGGGUUUGGUAGCAAAGAGAUGCUAAAGUCAGCAUUCCCUUUCCUCCAGGUGAAAGAGCUGCAGAAGUACAUACCAGAAAUUACAUUUUCUGAUGUUGAAAGAGGGCCUGCUGGAGUUCGAGCUCAAGCCAUGGAUACUUCAGGGCAGCUUGUUGAUGACUUUGUCUUUGACACUGGAGCAAUAGGGGAGUUUGGUGAACGUAUUCUCCAUUGCCGGAAUGCUCCUUCACCUGGAGCUACAUCAAGUCUAGCCAUUGCCAUGAUGAUAGCAGACAAAGCCAAAGCUGUUUUUGAUCUGUGAUGACCACUGGGCGGCAUUUCCUUUAGUACAGUCUUUUUAAGCCUGCACAAAUGGUUAUUUGUUAAUAUUAUUGUAUGCAAAUAUUUUUAUAUUCAUAUGUUGAAGACUACAAUAUUUAUUCAUCUGACUGUGUUACAUUUGUUGCAAUUGUGCUGUUGAUUGGUUAAGCAUUAUUGACGAGUAUGUACUUGGUACUUACAGUGCCCCUCUCAUGAACUUAUUUGUUGACUGCUUUAUGUUUUACAUAUUGAGACAUAUGCAUUUAAUCACAUGUUUAUUCAAAGUAUUUUGAUAUUAAAAAUUUGUUAUUGAGUGUUA